AUGGGUGAGGACGACGGCGAGGGCGAGGACGAGGUCCUCCCGGCCAUGGCGGACGAUGACUACUCUGCACAGCUAUCAUUCCAGAGCCAGUCGAAGGAUAAUCUGAAGGUCCUGAUGGACAACUUCAGCGAUGCCCAGUAUGACCGGUUCGAGGCAUAUAGGAGACACGCAUUGCCGAAGGCCGCUGUGCGCAAAGUUAUCCAACAAACCCUCGGUCAGCAAGUCUCUCAACCAGUCGCGCAAGUCGUUGCCGGUUUUGCUAAGGUGUUCAUUGGUGAGAUUGUCGAGAAAGCGCGUGACGUGCAAGAACGCCGCGGCGAGACAGGUCCGCUCUCGCCGGAUCACCUACGCGAGGCGUACCGAAUGUAUCAGAAGGAGACGGGCCGCGUCGGUGCCGCGCGUCCGCUGCGGGCAAAGAGGCUAUUCAUGAAGUGA